AUGUCGCAGUACGUUCCCCAGUUUUCUUCCGAAUCCCUCGAGGACAAGGUGAUUCUCAUUACUGGAGGUGCCAAUGGCAUUGGCGCCAGUCUAGUGCAACAAUGCCUUGAAAGCGGCGCGAACGUGUGCUUUGGUGACCUGGACAACAUUACCGGCGAGCGUCUGCUGAAGAAAUGCACCGAGGAGCACAAGCCCACCGAAGCCCGUCAUCUUCCACGGGCAAUCUUCCAGACUACCGACGUAACCAACUAUCAAUCGGUGCUGGCCCUAUUUGAUCUGGCUUUCAAAACAUACAAGCGGAUCGAUCACGUUGUCUCUGCAGCUGGCAUCGUAGAGAUCGGCAAUUCGUUUGAUUUCGGACUCACCCUGCAGACAGUCCGCCAGACUCCCACCCACAAAGUCCUCGACGUCAAUCUCCUCGGUUCUAUGUACGUCUCUCGCAUUGCCUCUGUCUAUCUGCGUCACAACCGCGGCCCUGGCGCCGACCGCUCCAUCUUGCUUUUCUCCUCGGUCUCUGGUUUCAAGGAGAGCCCAUCCCUCUUUAUCUAUCAGGCCUCCAAGCAUGGCGUGAUUGGCCUGAUGCGAUCCUUGCGCAACUACAUCUCUUCCCCGGAUAAGCACUAUCUCCGUAUCAACACCAUCUGCCCCUGGAUGACUGAGACCGAAACUAUGAGGAAGAUCGAACAGCAAUGGAAGCAAGCCAGCCUGCCGACCAACACCGUUCGUGAGGUCUCACAUGUAGCUACUGGUAUCUUGGCGGAUCAGUCUCUGAAUGGCACGUCCAUGUUUGUCGAGGGUGGGCGCGCCUGGGAAAUUGAGGGCAACAUUGAGCGCCUGGAAGCCCAAUGGCUUGGCGAAGCCCCCUCGAAGGCUCUUGCAGCCGGUCAGGAACUACUGGAUGAUGGUGCGAUCUGGACCGCGGCUCCUCGUAAAAGGAGCAGCAUCUCGAACGGCAUCCCCCCUGGCGUUCCUCUCGAGAAGCUCCAAGGUAUCCAGCUGAAUGAAACCGAGAAGAAAGCUGCCAGCGGUCUCGCCAACGGCCACACACACGGGUUUACAAAUGGAACCAUCAAUGUCAUCACGAAUGGUGUGCACUAG